AUGCUGUCCACCCUGGUCUCGCGCGGUAUCGCUGCAUCUGUGCCGCUGUCGAGCCUGAAGGGCAGAGCCUUCUCCUCUACCGCUCGUGUGUGGGUCGACAAGAACACGAAGGUCAUUUGUCAGGGCCUCACUGGGAAGCAAGGAACCUUCCAUACUGCGCAAGCAAUAGAGUACGGGACCAAAAUGGUUGGCGGUGUAAAUCCUAAGAAGGCUGGGACCACCCAUAAUAAUCUCCCGAUCUUCGCGAACGUUAUGGAGGCACGUCAAGCUACAGGGGCUGAUGCUUCCGUCGUCUACGUCCCGCCAUUCGCCGCCGCCUCAGCUUGCUUGGAAGCCAUAGAGGCGGAAAUUCCUCUCCUGGUGUGCAUCACAGAGGGCAUUCCUCAGCACGACAUGGUAAAG